AUGAGGGACAAGCCAUUGACUCGGCCGUGUGAGGUGGUGACUAUUUUGAAGAGGGAUUAUGGGCUAGAUAUGAGUUACCACGUGGUAUGGUUGGACGUGGAGAAAGCGAAGGCUGUUAUUCAUGGAGAUCACUCAUUAUCAUUUAACCAGUUGCAGUGGCAUUCGGAUGCUGUGAUGCGUUACAAUUCGGGGAGUUAUGUCAAUAUUGACUAUGAUACGAGUAAUCAACAGUUUUGUCGUUUCUUUGUAUCAUUCGCUGCGUGUAUGUCUGGCUUCAAUUCUUGUCGACCUUUAUUAUUCCUAGAUAGAGCAUUCCUUAAAGGAAAGUACAAAGGUCAGCUACUUACGGCAACGGCGAAAGAUGAAAACAAUGGUUUAUUUCCUGUUGCAUUUACGAUUGUUGAUUCAGAGACCACGACCAAUUGGUCGUGGUUCUUGCAUGAACUUGGGAAGGUUGUCGAUGCUAAGCGCCAAAUUACUUUUAUUUCGGAUCGUAAUCUUGGUCUGUUAGAAGCUAUGCCAAAGGUGUUCCCAUCCGCUCACCACGGUUAUUGCUUACAACACUUGAAGAGCAAUUUAAGAGACCGGAUGAAAGGAGUUGAUAAUGGAUUUAGGGAUCACCUAGUUAGUUGUUUGGAUGACUGUGCUUACGAGCCAACUGUGGGGCAUGCGUUAUGGGGAGAUGACAUCCAAUGCGGCAAAGUCAUUUAA